AUGGGUUUUGAUUGGAUGGCAGCAAAAGCAGAGUCAAAGUUUUAUCUACCAAACAGAGAGGAAAUACAGUCAGCAAAAGCAACAAUAAGGCACAAGAAGCGGCCAUGGUGGCUUGACGGGUCGCUUCCCUGGGACCGCGGGUUCGACCCCUUUGGGUUGGGGAAGCCCGCUGAGUACUUGCAGUUUGAUUACGACGGACUCGACCAGAACCUUGCAAAAAAUGUGGCGGGUGACAUCAUCGGGACAAGGACUGAAACCGCGAAGGUGAAUCCGACGCCGCUUCAGCCGCACACAGAGGUUUUUGGGCUGCUUAGGUUCAGGGAGUGCGAGCUGAUUCAAGGGAGGUGGGCCAUGCUGGGAGCGCUUGGUGCUCUUGCUGUUGAGGGACUCACUGGUGUUGCAUGGCAAAGAAAAGGUAAGGUUGAGUUGAUCGAGGGAUCGUCCUACCUAGGUCUUCCACUUCCCUUCUCCAUCACCACAUUGAUAUGGAUAGAGGUGUUGGUGAUUGGCUACAUUGAGUUCCAGAGAAAUGCCGAGCUUGACCCGGAGAAGAGGCUGUACCCGGGUGGCAAGUUCUUUGACCCGUUGGGUUUGGCCGCCGACCCGGAUGAGUUUGAAAGGCUUCAACUGGCUGAGAUCAAGCAUGCCCGUCUUGCCAUGGUCGUCUUCCUCCUUUUUGGAAUCCAAGCCGCUGUCACAGGAAAGGGUCCUAUCAGUUUUCUGCUUACGUUUAACAAAUAA